CUCCGGCCUUGAGGGCUCGGGCUCGCUGCGGCGGCGGUGGCCGCAAGAAGAGGCGGCGGGGGCGGGGGGAGAGGAGGGCCUGGGCCCGCGCUCCCCCAGCCCCAGAGGAGCAGGCGGCGGCCGCGGACGGAGAGAUUCGCCCGGGCGGUCGGACACCCCUGCCGUACCCGCCUGGGAUCAUGACCCAGGCGGGGGUCGCCGCCGCCGCUGCCGCCGCGGCCGAGACCGCGCAGCCAGUGGUAAGAAGAAAACAUAACUUAUAGACCAUCUUCUGGCAGAAGAUGAUAGAUUUGGAUCAGAAACGGGAGGCGCUGGAAGCCAGGAAUCAAAAGUGAAGAACUUCUGCAAGCCCUUGGGUGAUAAAGGUUCCUAUCACUGUAACCAUGCCAGAAAUGACAGAGAAUGAGACUCCUACAAAAAAGCAGCACAGAAAGAAAAACCGGGAGACACACAAUGCAGUGGAGAGGCAUAGAAAGAAGAAAAUCAAUGCUGGAAUAAACAGGAUAGGAGAGCUGAUCCCAUGUUCCCCUGCCCUGAAGCAGAGCAAGAAUAUGAUCCUGGACCAAGCCUUUAAAUAUAUAACAGAACUGAAAAGGCAAAAUGAUGAACUCCUGCUUAAUGGAGGAAACAAUGAACAAGCUGAAGAAAUUAAAAAGCUACGUAAACAAUUGGAAGAAAUUCAAAAAGAAAAUGGCCGAUACAUUGAAUUACUGAAAGCAAAUGACAUAUGCCUAUAUGAUGACCCUACAAUCCACUGGAAAGGAAAUCUUAAAAACUCAAAGGUCUCUGUUGUUAUUCCCAGUGAUCAGGUUCAAAAAAAUAUCAUUGUUUAUUCCAACGGGAGUCAGCCUUGUGGAAAUAGCCAGGGAACAGCUGUUCAGGGGAUAACCUUUAAUGUUGGUCAUAAUUUACAAAAGCAGACCGCCAAUGUGGUGCCAGUACAGAGGACUUGCAAUCUUGUGACUCCUGUGUCUAUUUCUGGAGUUUACCCUUCUGAAAACAAGCCAUGGCAUCAGACCACAGUUUCUGCAUUGGCUGCCAACCAGCCUGUUCCUCUUUGUCUUCCUGCUACCAUUCCUGCUCAAAAUAUUCUCGAGCUUUCCACCUCCGAAAGCGAAUCGAGCGUGCUUGGUGCCACCAACGGCCCACUGAUCGCAGUUCCCAUUGGGCCUGAACCUCACCAACAUCGUUCCGUGCACACGUGUCUAAGUGAUCAAAGUUCUCCUGAAAAUAAGAAUGGGCAAGAGAGCCCCAAAUUAUUGAAGAAAACAGUCCCUUGUGCCACAGGCGUUCCCACCACUUCCUCAGUGACUGCCACUAAAGUGCACCACGGAAGCCAGUCCUGCCUGAGCAUCCAGGAUUUCAGAAAUGAUUUUCAAACCACCUUUGUUGUCUCAGUUACCACCACGGUCUGUUCCCAGCCUCCCAGAUCUGCAGGUGAUGCUUGUCCAGUGAGCAUCAGCAAGGGUGCAGACUCGGCGAGUGUUACCGCAGCGGUGGCCCCUUCUGCCCCUGCAGGAGGGAAGACCACCACUCCUGUAAGCACUCUUUCUGCAAACCCUUUGGACAAUAGUUGGACUCUUUCUUGUUCUUUGCCUUCUUCCAGUGUUAGUGCUUCGGAUUUGAAAAACAUUAAUAGCCUUACCCGAAUUUCCUCCGCUGGAAACACACAGACGACGUGGACUACUUUGCAACUGGCGGGAAACACUAUUCAGCCCUUAAGCCAGACACCUUCUUCUGCAGUGACUCCGGUAUUAAAUGAGUCUGGUAGCAGCCCUCCCACGACCAGCCACAGUAGACACGUUGCUACGGGCGUCAACGUGAAUAAUUCCUUUCCCGCAGAUGGGCAGGUGGUUGAGCAAGUAGUUGUCACCUUGCCUUCUUGUCCAUCUUUACCUAUGCAGCCACUAAUUGCCCAACCACAAGUUAAAUCUCAGCCUCCAAAAAGUAUCCUUCCAUUGAAUUCAGCAAUGCAAGUGAUUCAGAUGGCUCAGCCAGUUGGGUCGGCUGUGAAUGCAGCUACCGCUAAUCAAAAUGUUAUCAUUCUUCAGCCCCCCAGCACCACCCCUUGCCCAACAGUGAUGAGAGCAGAGGUUCCCAACCAAACAGUAGGUCAGCAGAUAGUGAUCAUACAGGCAGCUAAUCAGAACCCUUUGCCGCUCCUCUCAGCUCCACCUCCUGGUUCUGUUCGACUCCCUGUCAGUGGAGCCAAUGCUCUACUAGGGUCUAAUAGUUCAGUGCAAAAUGUUUCGACCCCCCAGACUUUUGGAGGAAAGCAUCUUGUCCAUAUAUUACCAAGACCUUCAUCUCUAUCAGCAUCUAGUUCAACACAAACUUUUUCUGUUACCAUGUCAAACCAACAACAGCCUCAAACCAUUUCUUUAAAUGGACAGCUCUUUGCUUUGCAGCCUGUGAUGUCCUCAUCAGGAACUACAAAUCAAACCCCUAUGCAAAUUAUCCAACCCACCACCAGCGAAGAUCCAAACACCAAUGUUGCCCUGAAUACAUUUGGAGCUUUGGCCAGCCUCAAUCAAAGCAUAUCACAGAUGGCUGGGCAGAGCUGUGUACAGUUGUCUAUUAGCCAGCCUGCCAAUCCCCCAACUGCCGCAAGUAGUCAAACCAUCCCAGUUCACAGUGUUUCAUUAACAACAACGGUAGCAUCUCCCAUGACAACCGAUAAUUCAGCCACACUACCCAGUACUUAUAGUCUGGUAACUACUCCCUCAGUGAACACUGUAGCUUGUUUACCUAAUGUGAAGUCAAAAAGGUUUAAGAAGCCAGGUGCCAAGAAACACUUAGCGGCUCACAAGUCCGCAUGUCCCCCGAAUCCAGUCAGAGAGGUGGGCAAGUUAGCCUGCCCCGGCACUGAAGCCACAGCAGAGCCGUCAUGUGGUGAUGGACUGCUGGAAAGCCUCCCUGUCGUGUUACCGUCUGUCACCAUGUCCCAGGCAAAUUGUGUCAGUGUUUCUGGUUCACAUUCUUUGGAUGUUCUGAAUCCUGAAUCCGUGAUACCCGAAUCUGUACCCAAAUCUAAGUCAACAGAAGAGUCUAGCUCACCCUCCCAAGCAUCUGUAACGAGUGAACAUUUUGUAAUGGCCCCAGCAAAAUCCAAAGAUUCUGCCCCCAUUCUGCAGCAAGAGGCAUCUCAGGAUAAGCCACCAGCUAGUUUGGCAUUGUCAGAUGCUGCCAAAUCCUGCACUUCAGCCAGCGUGUUGAUUCCAUCUCCAAAUGAUCCCCACCUUUUGGUUUCUCAGGUUUCUGGGCUCUCAUCCACCACUAGCACUACAGGCACUGACUGUGCUUCUGAGGUAGAAAUCAUUGCUGAACCUUGCAGGGUGGAGCAAGACUCAUCAGAUACGAUGCAAACGACAGGUCUGUUAAAGGGGCAGGGUUUGACUGCAUUGCUGUCUGGUCUUGCUAAAGAAAAAGACUCUCAGAAAUUGUCUCUUUCGGUGCCGGUGGACCAUCCUGACUUUCCUUCUGAAAAUUCUAAAAUGGCGGAUUCAAGUGUCGAUUUACAUCCCAAACAGGAGCUGUUACUGAUGAACAGUGAUGACAGAGGUCCGGGGCAACAUCACUCCUGCGUCCCUGAUCAGGAGGUUAUUAAUGGCUCUUUGCUUGUCAGCAGGCAGGCCGACUCUCCCAUGUCCACCAGCUCUGGCAGUAGUCGUAGUUUCUCAGUUGCAUCCAUGCUUCCUGAAACGACAAGAGAGGAUGUCACCAGCAAUGCAACAACGAAUACCUGUGACAGCUGUACCUUUGUAGAGCAAACUGAUAUAGUUGCUCUUGCUGCAAGAGCUAUUUUUGACCAGGAGAACCUUGAGAAGGGAAGAGCUGGCACCCAGGCUGAUAUGAGGGAGGUUACUUCAAAGCCUUCUGAAGCCUCACCUUUAGAGGGAGACCAGCCUUUCAAAACACAGAUGUCUAAAGAGAGUGGCCCAGGACAGGCAGAAGCAACACCAAAUGAAUUUAAUUCUCAGGACUCAAUCGAAGCAACUGUGGAUCGAUCCCUCGGAAAACCAAGUUGUUCUGUAGGAAUCAAAACAUCAAAUGCCUCUUUACAGGUUUCGACUUCUCAGCCACCAAGCAUCACCAGUUUAAGUGUCAAUAAUCUUAUCCACCAGAGCACCAUCAGCCAUCCUCUGGUCAGCUGUGCUGGUCUAUCCCAAACUGCAGAGCAAGCACCUGUUCCGGCAACGGUUAAUCUGACUGUUGCAUCUAGUUCCUACGGUGGUCAGCCUCCCGGGCCAGCUCUGAUGACCGAAUAUUCCCAAGAACAGCUAAACACCAUUACUGGCACCAUACCAAAUCCACAGGUUCAAGAGCCACUCUUAAAGCCAAGUCAGGAAAGCCGCAAAGACUCCGCCAAGCGUGCUGUCCAAGACGACCUUUUAUUGUCUUCAGCUAAACGUCAAAAGCACUGUCAGCCAGCCCCGCUGAGGCUUGAAGCUAUGUCGCUGAUGAACCGCACUCCGGACAGCAUUUCUGAUCAGACUCAGAUGAUGGUCAGUCAGCUCCCUCCCAACUCUGCAAACUCUGUUGUGCCUAUUAGCAACCCAGCACAUGGAGAUGGCCUCGCACGAUUAUUUCCACCGAGUAACAAUUUUGGGGCCCCUGCAUUGAGACAAACGGAAGUUCAGUGCAGUUCUCAGAAUUCAAUUACUGAGCAGCAGCAAACCCAGGCCAGUCAACAUCUCCAGGCCCUGCAACAGCAUGUUCCAGCCCAAGGGGUAUCUCACCUGCACGGUAACCACCUCUACUUAAAGCAGCAGCAGCAGCAGCAGCAGCAGCAGCAGCAAGCAGGACAGUUAAGAGAGAGGCAUCACUUGUACCAACUGCAGCGUCACGCGCCUCAUGCAGAGAGCUCUGUCCACUCUCAGCCACAUAACGUCCACCAACAGAGAACUCUCCAGCAGGAAGUCCAGAUGCAGAAAAAGAGGAAUCUCGUUCAGGGCACUCAGGCCUCUCAGCUUUCCUUACAACCAAAGCACCACGGAACUGACCAGUCCCGCCCCAAGAGUGGUCAGCCACAUCCCCACCAUCAGCAGAUGCAGCAACAGAUGCAGCAACAUUUUGGAAGUUCCCAGCCAGAGAAGAGUUGUGAAAACCCUUCGACCAGCCGGAGCCACCACAACCAUCCCCAGAACCAUCUCAGUCAAGAUAUGAUACACCAGCAGCAGGAUGUUGGAAGCAGGCAGCAAGGUUCGGGGGUUUCUUCUGAACAUGUAUCUGGGCAUAAUCCAUUGCAGAGGCUUUUGACUUCAAGGGGCAUAGAGCAACAAAUGGUGUCCCAGCCCAGUAUCGUGACUAGGCCUUCAGACAUGCCCUGUACUCCACACAGGCCAGAGAGAAAUAGAGUUUCAAGUUAUUCUGCCGAGGCACUUAUUGGAAAGACAUCUUCUAACUCAGAGCAGAGAAUGGGCAUGUCACUUCAGGGUUCCAGAGUUUCAGAUCAGCUUGAAAUGAGAAGCUAUCUUGAUGUUCCCAGAAAUAAGAGUUUGGCCGUUCACAAUAUGCAGGGCCGCGUGGACCAUACUGUUGCCUCGGAUAUCCGCCUUACUGACUGUCAGACGUUUAAACCAAGUGGAGCCAGUCAGCAGCCCCAGAGUAAUUUUGAAGUACAGUCUUCAAGAAAUAGUGAAAUAGGUAACCCGGUAUCAUCAUUGAGGAGUAUGCAGUCCCAGGCUUUUCGAAUUAGUCAAAACCCUGGUCCACCACCAAUCGACCGCCAAAAGAGAUUAUCUUAUCCACCAGUUCAGAGUAUUCCGACAGGAAAUGCCAUCCCACCAAGGGACAGUGAGAACACAUGCCACCAGAGUUUCAUGCAGAGUUUACUUGCCCCUCACCUUGGUGAUCAGGUCCUUGGAAGCCAGAGAUCACUCUCAGAACAUCAGAGGAACACACAGUGUGGUCCAUCCUCUGCGAUUGACUAUAAUUGUCCCCCAACCCAUGAAAGUGUCCAUAUUAGAAGAGAGAGUGAGAGUCAAAACAGGGAGAGUUGUGACAUGUCCCUAGGUGCGAUUAACACCAGGAACAGCACCCUGAAUAUUCCUUUCUCAAGUUCUUCUUCUUCAGGAGAUAUUCAGGGUCGAAACACAAGUCCCAAUGUGUCUGUACAGAAGUCCAAUCCCAUGAGGAUAACUGAUAGUCAUGGGACCAAGGGCCACAUGAACCCUCCGGUCACAACCAACAUGCAUGGGGUUGCAAGGCCAGCUUUGCCCCAUCCGUCUGUGUCUCACGGAAAUGCUGAACAAGGGCCUCCUGUACGUCCAACUAACUCUUCAGUUCCCCAGCGAUCAAGGCAUCCCUUGCAAGACAGCAGUGGUUCCAAAAUUCGUCAACCUGAAAGGAAUCGUUCCGGAAACCAAAGACAUAGUAAUGUCUUUGACCCAAGUCUUCCCCACCUUCCUCUGUCCACUAGUGGCAGUAUGAUUCUUGGACGCCAACAAGCCGCUACAGAGAAGAGAGGAAGUAUUGUUCGUUUCAUGCCCGAUAGCCCACAAGUACCUAAUGAUAACUCAGCGCCUGACCAGCAUACGCUAUCACAAAAUUUCGGUUUUCCUUUUAUUCCCGAGGGUGGCAUGAAUCCACCAAUAAAUGCUAAUACUUCUUUCAUUCCACAGGUUACUCAGCCUAGUGCCACUCGAACGCCAGCUCUUAUCCCUGUAGAUCCCCAAAAUACUCUGCCCUCCUUCUAUCCCCCCUACUCCCCUGCUCAUCCUACGCUGUCUAAUGAUAUUUCCAUCCCCUAUUUUUCUAAUCAAAUGUUCUCAAAUCCUAGCACUGAGAAAGUAAACAGUGGAAGCUUAAAUAACCGAUUUGGAUCAAUUCUGUCUCCUCCUAGACCUGUUGGUUUUGCUCAACCAAGUUUUCCUCUGCUCCCUGACAUGCCGCCAAUGCACAUGACCAAUUCUCACUUGUCUAACUUUAAUAUGACAUCUUUGUUUCCAGAAAUAGCUACAGCUCUUCCCGAUGGCUCGGCAAUGUCACCUUUGCUUACAAUAGCAAACUCCUCUGCCUCUGACUCUUCCAAGCAGUCCUCAAACAGACCUGCCCACAACAUAAGCCAUAUUUUAGGUCAUGACUGCAGUUCAGCUGUUUAAAUACUGAUAGACUAAAUGUAAAUGUAUCGGGUGAGAUUACAAAUGUGUUUGUGUGUGCAUGCACACAUAAUGCACAUGGUGAGGGAGGUGGUGUGUGUGUGUGUGUGUGUGUGUAUGUCUUUGUGUUUGUGUAAUCAGUUUCCAGUUAUCUUCCGAAUGUAGGGAAGCCACGUCAGAGAUGAUGCGAAUACUGGGUUGCCAGCAACAAACUAUCUUUCAUUUUUAACUGCACGGUGUGCUUUUUAAGUUUUUCAAGCGGAGUUGCAUUUUCAAGUUUGAUUUGUAAUCUUAUAUUCCCUAAAUACUUACCAGCUGGAAGUUGGGGGAAAAUCCCUUUGGCGUGUGUGGGGUAGUAGGAAAGAACCUAGAUUUUAAAUUUGAUUGCUGAUCAUUUGUAAAAUAGAUAACUUGAGGUAUUUGAGUUGCUCUCCAAAAAUACAGACACUUUGAUAUAACGCAGUGGCUCAUCACCAAGUGCUUGGCUGAUGACAGCAUCUAGAACAGUUUCUUGCCCCUGGCAGGUAUUGAAUUAAUGUAGAAUGAAUGUCCAUGGUUCAAAUCAAGCAGUUAGCAAAUAAAUGAGUUGCUCGAUCAGCCUUUACUCCCAAGGUUUGCUGUAGGUAGAGGCUUCUUUCUUAAUGAUAACAAUGUCUAAGCUAUCUGAAUUUUAAUGUCUCAUUCUUCAAAUUAGGGAGCCAUGUUAUCUUUCAGUGUGCCAAGAUCCUGGAAAGCAAAGGUCUUCCUUACUUAGCCUUAAAAAUAGCAAUCUGAAAAGCAAAGUACAUAGACUUUGUCCAUUUUGUGCUUGCAUUUUUACAUCAGGUCCUAAGGAUAAAGCAGUUGUAUUGCAGAAUUUUACAUGUGUUUUGGCAAAGAUUGUUGCUUCAUUGGUUGAACUUUGUUUUCACAUUUUCUUCAUUCUAUUUAUUUGAGCUCGAAAUGCUUCUUUUAUAUUUGUUAAUCAUUAGGACUGCUCAGUAAAUAGUGUGUUUGGAAUUUACACAGUUAUAUGAGCCUUACUUUUUAAAUAUUUCUGAGCAGAGUCUUAAGCUCUGUCAGUGUUUUCAUUUAUUGAUAUUUAUAUUUAAAAGAUGGCAUUGUAUGUUACAUUAUUACCCCGCAUAGUAGAAUUGUAAUGAGAAGACGAAUUUGUUCAUUAUUUUUCCUGAUGGUAGAUGUGAAAUGGUGCUUCAAAAAAUUGUCUCUGUAUAUGUCUCUGUGUGUGAGUGUGUGGGGGGAGGGGGAGAAGGGGGACAGAACACAGACAUAGAUUUGAAAAUAUAAACUGGUCCUUUAAAAAUUGGCCUGCCAUCUGGAAAUGGAAAUUGAGACCUGAGACCUGCUGAAGUAUUGGAAAACUGGAUGUUAGGGUUUUUAAAAGCCCCACAGAAGUUAAUUAUGUAUACACGCGCGCGCGCGCACACACACACACACACACACACACACACUCAUAUAUUGAAUUUUGAAAACUUAAAAAAAAAACCUCUGAAAACAACCAUAUAUACUCAUAUUCUCAAACCUAUUACUUUUUGUUGUUGUUAUAUUCUGCCAAAUAUAGGAUCAAGUGGGAGAGAUACAUAUAACAUGGUUCUGUCUGCUCUGUUAAUAAAGUAAACCCAAGAGCCAGCAUUUUAUUUUUUCCUCCUUAAAAAUGCCUCCUCAGGCUGGGUCAGAGCUGUUAACUCUGGCGAAUACCUCUUGUGAAGACUCAGUGGAAGGGUCACGUGUGCCUCUUGAACUGUUCUUACCAAACUUUCCUCCCUCCUCCUGCUGCUGACUGAAGCAGCCUCCUGGGAGCAAGAAAAAAAAAUGUAAACAAGAAAAGCUUCUGUAUUUUCUCCUUCAAAAUACUCAUGGGGAAGAAUAGGAGUUACUUAAAUAAGACAACAGAUAAACAAAGUAGUUAAAACUUUUAAUUGAGGGGAAACAAGAUUUAUGGCUUGUUUUUAAUUGAGUGUUAGGUUGUAACAUUCAAGUUUUUCUCUGUACUUGAAAGGUCCAGCCUGCCGAUUUCAAGAAAGGUAGUGUUCAAUAUGUUUGGUUAUUCAUUCUCUCUUCCUCCGUCUCUCUGUCUCUCUGUCUCUGACACACACACACACGCGCGCGCGCGCAUGCACGCACGCACGCACAGCGUGGUGGCUAUUGAGUCCUGAAGAACUGGGCACUGUUAGAUAGAACGAAGGUAACAGGCUAAGGAGAAGAUCAAUUUGAACGUUGCAAUAGAAAGGCCUCAAAGCCUGGCACUUUCAGAUAUUUCUCUGUUGCAUUGAUUUUAUUUUUCUGCUCAGCCCUGUUCAGAGAUAGCGUUUACAUGUUUCAGAGCUUUCAUUCCAAGAAUGUACUUUGAUCUCAAAUGAACCCCUACCCCUAAGUAAGGCUUAUUUGACCCUCUGAAGAAAGAUAUGACUCUCUGCAAAUAAUUUGGCUCCUGCUUACAUGUAGCUCUAAUUAUCUUACAGACAUGUGCAUAUAUAUGUAAGAGAUCAUUGUAUAUAUGGACUCAGUUCUGAAAGUGUUCAGAGAAGAGUAAUCUUAUUUGAUUUAAAAGCAUGAGUGUACAAGAUUUAUCAGCAGUAUAUUAAGUAUUUGAUAAUUAGAGCUAAAUGAUUUUGGGGAGGAAUUUUAUUUAAUAUCUAGCAAUCUCUGGAUAUAAUUUUUGGCAAAGGUACAGCAGAAAACAAAUAGUAAACUUUAAUGUUAUUCUUGGCUUGCUCAUAUAUGACUAUAGAAUGUAAAACCAUUUCCACAGAUAAUUUUGUAAUUUAUGAAAAUACACAAACAUACAAACCUAUGAAUCAUAAAUGAGAGUCAUUAAUUAAAUUGUUUUUCUCUCUUUUAGUGUUACUGAUCACCUAGAAUCAAUUAGAGAAAGUAGUUGACUCUGACCAUUUAACACAGUAACUUCUAAUGAAGUGAAAAAUUUCAGAUACUUCAUCCUGUAUAAACUUCUAAUAUGUCAAUCAUGGAUAAAAGAAAUCAAGUUUGAUGUCAUUUCUCUUUUUGGGAUAUUUUAUACCACUUCAGGAAAUUUAUUUUUGUUUAUAUCAUAAGACCUUUUGGGGGGACCAGGGAUGGCAUCUUUUUUCUAAGUAAGGAGCCACAUCCCCCAGUGAUCAUGCUUUAUAAAAUUUAACGUAUUAGAACUGUGGAAAGAGAAGAAUGAGGAGGGAAUAUUCUUUUGCAGCAAUUUACAUUUAUGUAUCAGGGUGAACUGCAAUAAAGAUCCAUUUUUAAAAAUCAGCCUUCUUAAAAUACAAAAUUAUUUAAACAUUUUAAAGAUAAUUCAUUUGCCUUGCUCUUGCCUUCUAACAUUAUCCAUAUCAUGGAAAGGCUGAAAUUUAUACUCCAAAAAAAUGUGGAAACGUGUUUUAAUGGAGGUAAGGUUGUAAAAUUUUGAGAAAGGAUAAAGACUCACUAAUAAGCAUCUUCUCAGCUUUGUCCUCCCUUUGAUAGAUAGGUACCGAGGCUCCUCUUUUCUUCCAUCUGCUGCGAGUGAGCAGGUGGCAGGGAACCUGCUCAUUUCCUUAGGAUGAUUACUUCUCUGCCUUGAAAUGUUUAUUGGGCCCACCCAUCUAUUGGAUCAUUGUGUGACAGUGAGUCAUGCUCCUAUAUCAGUGAGUGAGUCCCAGUUCCUGGCUUUGGGAACCACUGUAUCUCCUAUUCUAUCAAGAGGUAACAAGAAUUUCUUGAAACAAAGUUAGUUCAGAAUUAAUUUAAGAUACUGAAUGUGCCAUACAGUUAGUUCUCUUCCUUGUUUUGAUGAGCUUGCUUUGUGUUUGUUUUUGCUUUUCUUCAUGGAGGAGUUUAGAAAGCUCAAAGGUGGGACCCAAAUCAGAUGGCUUUGGGUUGAUACUUUAGGAACCUGGAGGUCGUACUUCUGUUGUCUGUAUAAAUUCUGCCUUUGCCUGGAGCUAAUUGCCUAUGGCUGUGUAUAUCCAGAGGGCAAUAAUAAUAGCCAAAUAAACUAGUGUGAAGUUAAUCUGUGAGUGAUGAUUUUAUGAUACCUAUAUGCAAGUUAAAGGCCAGAAACUCAUUCCUUCUUGAACUACCUUUUUUGGCCAAAUGCUAUGAACAGAAAAGGGUCCUUUUUUUUUUUUUUUUUUUUUUUUUUGACUUAACCAUAUUUUGUCUGCAUUCUACACCUUCCUGUGUGAGCUUGACAGUGUUUUUACCGGAGUCUGUGGGGGACACCAAGUUUGGAUCGGGGCAGUCCAGCAUGAGGCCCUUCUUGGACACAGAGCUUCUAGUUCUGCCCACAUGCCUCUAUCCUGGUACUGCACUUUACUUGAAACUGUGCCUCUGGUCCUAAGACCAGCCAUUGGAACAUAUUACCCACUCCUGUGUUACAUAGCAAAGGACCAGUCGGAAUGGUACGUGCUGUGUAGUCAAACACCUAGAAGACAAGAACAGCUGAUGUUUCUCACUGUUGCCUUAUCAUUCUCUGAGCCAUCUUUGAUGCCGAUCUUGUAAAAAGUGUACUAGAAGCAAAACUCCUUUUAAACUCAGAGCUUGUAGGUGGUGGUCAUUCAACAUCCUUGUUUCUAUAUUUGCACAAACCCUAUCCACCCACUGCAGGGGUCUGGUGCACGCAUGUGUUCAGAUGCUUCCUAAACACGAACCAACUUGGGUUGAAAGUGGAUAUAAUAUUCAAAUUGGUGUUAUUUUGGAUGAUAAUCUGCAUAAUCUGUCACUAGAGAUCUCAUGAGACAUAGAAGAUAACUCUUCAUUUGUAAUUUAACACUUUUAAAGAAGAUGAUCAUAAGUUGUGGGGUUUUAUUUAUUUUUUUGGCUCAGUUGUGUAUACAGCUUGACACCAUAUGAUGUCCUAGGAACUUAGAGCUUGCUCCAUCUAACUCCUUCUUCACUUCUCUGGAUCUCUU